AUGAGUGAAUCCAUAAUUGUUUGGAAUGUCCGAGGCAUUGGCACUUCUAGUAGUCGUUUAAAAAUUUUGGUUUGUAAGUUCAAGCCUAAGCUUAUCGCGGUUUUGGAACCGUUCCAAAAUCAAAACAAAGCUCUUCAGUUGAUGAACUCUCUACAUUUUGAUUCAUUUGUUUCUAAUGUUGAUGGUGAGGGUAAAAUUUGGAUUUUUUGGGAUAAUGUUCUUGAUGUUCAAGUGGUGAGGACAAGCUUGCAGUUUAUUUCUCUUCGUGUUAAUAUGGGGUCUUAUCAGUUCUUGUGUAAUAUUGUUUAUGCUAAGUGCAGCAUGUAUGAGAGGAAAGGUUUGUGGGAGGAACUCAGUUCUCAAUCUCUUGGUUCGGAACCUUGUUUAUUUGCUGGUGAUUUUAAUAUUAUCCGUAAUAAUUCUGAGAGAAAGGGUGGUUGUCCCCGUCCUAAUGCCGCUAUGGAGGAUUUCAAUAAUUGGAUCCAUCAGGGUGGCUUGGUUGAAAUGAAAUCGAAAGGUAAAAAUUACUCCUGGUGCAAUGGGCAGUCGGGCCUUGCUCGGUCUUGGGCAAAAUUAGAUCGGGUAUUCAUGGAUGUUCCUUUGCUCACUUCUUUCUCGAAUGCUAUUUGUUCUUAUCUUCUGCGCACAACCUCUGAUCACUCUCCAAUGGUUAUUGAAUUUAAGAUGGAUCCUUUCUCUUAUGGCUCCUCGCCUUUUCGUUUCCAACAAAUGUGGGUGGACCAUCCGCAGUUUUUACAGCGUAUUCGUCAGGUGUGGUCUGCGACUGUUGUUGGCCAGGGUCUUACUAAAUUGGCAAUCAAAUUGAAAAAUACUAAGGUGGCUUUGCGAGAAUGGAACAAACAAAUUUUUGGCCAUACCACUAUGCAGAUUACUGCACUUGAGAGGCACAUUGAAGAGCUUGAAAAUAAAUUACAUAUAAAUUGGGAUGAAUCUACGGAAAGGGACCUCCUUAUCUCGUCUUCGGAAUUAGAUAUUUGGCUUCACCGUGAAGAUACAAGAUUGGUUCAGAUGUCUAAAUUAAAAUGGCAAAUGGAAGGGGAUCGGAAUACGAAGUUUUUCCAUGCAUGCCUUGCCAAUAAACGGCGCAAAAGAGUGGUGGAAAUGAGAUGUUCGAAUGGGAUGGUUUUCAAUUCACCCGAGAGUCUUCAUCAAGGGGCAGUGGAUUUUUUUUCUAAUUUUCUGCAGGGCAUGCCGAACAGAUUUCUUCCGAAUCUGUCAACUCUUAUUUCUCCUGUUAUUUCAGAUGCUGAUAGCGCAAUUAUGUGCUCUGUUCCUACAUUGAAUGAGGUUUUCUCAGCUCUCUCUUCUAUCCUGUCUAAUAGUGCUCCGGGACCUGAUGGUUUUGGUUCGGGAUUUUUCAAAAGUUGUUGGGAGGUUGUGAAAGAGGAUGUCUUGGAAGCCAUAUCUGAAUUCUUUGUUUCUAAACAGCUCCCAAGAUUUUUUACGGCCUCUUUUCUUGUCCUCAUUCCAAAGGUUUUGGAUAACACUAAAUGGCAUCUAAAAGAAGGAAAUAUUUUCUUCUGGUAUGAUAAAUGGCAGGAGAGAGGUCCUUUAGCUAAUGAGAUGCCUAUUGUGGGUAAUUCUCUCCUGAAAGUUAAAGACUGUAAAUUAUCUAAUAACUGGGAUGUGGAUUUUAUUCUCCAGUUAGUGGGCCUGGCAAAUCUGGACGGUAUUUUAGAGGACAUUUGUAAAGCUAAACCAGGGUUGGACGUGUUGAUAUGGACUAAAAAUGAUAAUGGAUUGUUUUCUACCAAGUCGGCUUGA